AUGACUAAAAUGAAUAGAAUUACGGCAAGAACUAGGAUUGAAGCAGUCUGGAUCUUACGGAAGGGAAAUUUCAGUACAAAUGUUGAGUACAAACCGAUACGUAGCAUUCUUGUAGCCAAUCGAGGAGAGAUAGCUAUUCGAGUAUUUCGAGCAUGUACGGAGCUGGGAAUUCGCUCAGUUGCUGUGUAUUCUGAACAUGACAAAAUGCAAAUGCAUCGGCAGAAAGCAGAUGAAAGUUACAUUGUUGGACGUGGAUUACCACCAGUUCAAGCAUAUCUUAACAUACCUGAAAUAAUUAUGGUUGCUAAGGAAAACAGUGUUGAUGCUAUUCAUCCUGGCUAUGGUUUUUUAUCAGAGAGAUCAGAUUUCGCUCAAGCUGUUGUAGAUGCUGGCAUGCGUUUCAUAGGACCCACGCCUUCAGUUGUCCAGAAAAUGGGUGACAAGGUUGCUGCUAGAAAAGCGGCAAUAGAAGCUGAAGUACCGAUAGUACCUGGCACUGAUGGACCAGUUAACUCGACGAAUGAAGCUAUUAAAUUCUGUACAACAUAUGGGUUACCAGUAAUAUUUAAAGCUGCUUAUGGUGGUGGAGGACGAGGAAUGCGAGUUGUAAGACGUAUGGAAGAAGUUCGAGAAAUGUUUGAUCGGGCAUCUUCAGAGGCAAAAGCUGCAUUUGGCAAUGGAGCAAUGUUCAUUGAGAAAUUUAUUGAAAGACCACGACAUAUUGAAGUACAACUACUUGGUGACCAUGCUAGAAAUGUGGUUCAUCUUUAUGAACGCGAUUGCUCUGUUCAAAGGCGUCAUCAAAAGGUCGUUGAGAUAGCUCCUGCCCCAAGAUUAAAUGUUGAAGUACAAAAAAAAAUGACUGAGCAUGCUGUUAAAUUGGCCAAAUAUGUAGGAUACUCAAACGCAGGAACGGUUGAAUUUCUUGUUGAUGAUUCUGAUAACUUUUAUUUUAUUGAAGUAAAUGCUAGAUUGCAAGUGGAGCAUACAGUAACAGAAGAAAUCACUGGAGUGGAUCUAGUUCAAACGCAAAUUCAUAUUGCUGAGGGCAUGACUUUACCUGAACUUGGCAUGACCCAAGAUAAAAUUACCUCCCAAGGAUUUGCAAUUCAAUGUCGUGUUACGACUGAAGAUCCUGCAAAAAAUUUUCAACCAGACUCUGGUAGGAUAGAAGUCUUUCGUUCCGGAGAAGGCAUGGGCAUUCGCUUAGAUGGGGCAUCUGCCUAUGCUGGUGCCAUAAUAUCGCCUUAUUACGAUUCUCUUCUUGUAAAGGUAAUUUCACAUGCUGGAAGCCUUCAGUCUUCUUGUGCAAAGAUGAAUCGAGCCCUUCGUGAGUUUCGUGUUCGUGGUGUAAAAACAAAUAUUCCAUUUCUACUUAAUGUAUUGGAAAAUCAGAAAUUUUUAAAUGGUAUUAUUGAUACAUAUUUUAUUGAUGAAAACCCACAGCUAUUUCAAUUCGAACCAAGUCGUAAUCGAGCACAAAAGCUUCUGAACUAUAUUGGUACUGUACUUGUUAACGGCCCAAGCACACCACUUGCAACAAAUCUUAAGCCAGCUGAUAUUAGACCUCACGUUCCUCAAAUAGCGAUAGACUAUACAAAAUUUGCUGCGACAGAGGACUUCGAUGCGGAAAAAUCAGAUUUCUUCAAUCCACCUCACGGAUUAAGGCAACUCUUAAGACAAAAAGGUCCAGAAGCUUUUGCAAAAGCUGUUCGUCAGAACGAAGGUGUAUUAUUAAUGGACACAACUUAUCGUGACGCUCAUCAAUCACUGUUGGCAACAAGAGUUCGAUCUUACGAUCUUCUUCUAAUUUCACCUUUUGUCGCUCAUAAAUUUAGUAAUCUGUAUGCCUUAGAAAGUUGGGGUGGUGCCACAUUUGAUGUGGCCCUUCGUUUUUUACAUGAAUGCCCAUGGGAAAGGCUUGAAAGUAUGCGGAAGAUUAUACCUAACAUUCCCUUCCAGAUGCUUUUGCGAGGUGCUAACGCUGUUGGAUACAAAAAUUACCCUGAUAAUGUGGUCUUUAAAUUUUGUGAGAUCGCAGUACAAACUGGAAUGGACAUUUUUCGAGUGUUCGAUUCUCUUAACUACUUGCCUAAUCUAAUACUUGAUUUCUUCAAUCCACCUCACGGAUUAAGGCAACUCUUAAGACAAAAAGGUCCAGAAGCUUUUGCAAAAGCUGUUCGUCAGAACGAAGGUGUAUUAUUAAUGGACACAACUUAUCGUGACGCUCAUCAAUCACUGUUGGCAACAAGAGUUCGAUCUUACGAUCUUCUUCUAAUUUCACCUUUUGUCGCUCAUAAAUUUAGUAAUCUGUAUGCCUUAGAAAGUUGGGGUGGUGCCACAUUUGAUGUGGCCCUUCGUUUUUUACAUGAAUGCCCAUGGGAAAGGCUUGAAAGUAUGCGGAAGAUUAUACCUAACAUUCCCUUCCAGAUGCUUUUGCGAGGUGCUAACGCUGUUGGAUACAAAAAUUACCCUGAUAAUGUGGUCUUUAAAUUUUGUGAGAUCGCAGUACAAACUGGAAUGGACAUUUUUCGAGUGUUCGAUUCUCUUAACUACUUGCCUAAUCUAAUACUUGGAUCUUUAAAGAGCCAUUCUUACGGAAAGCCAUCUGCUAACAAAUUUGACUGUGCUACUUCGGGACUCCUGGGAAUGUCAAGUGACAACAGAAGCAAGCUGCUCAGCUGA